AUGCUGGAGCAUGAAAAGAUGAACAUCAACCAAUCUGGGAGUCAGAAAAAUAUUCAGUUUUGUUAUGAAUCCAUAAACAGUUCCUGUCAAAAGAAUGUUUAUCCAGCGGCUGUGUGGGUUCCAGUAUAUGUUCUAUUAGGGGCCACCAUACUCCUCACUGUGCUGGGAAAUCUCCUCGUCAUUGUCUCUAUAGCCCUCUUCAGACAGCUGCACACUCCCACCAAUUACCUCAUCCUCUCCCUGGCCACGGCCGACCUCCUCGUGGGGGUGGUGGUCAUGCCGCCCAGUAUGGUGCGCUCAGUGGAGACUUGCUGGUAUUUCGGAAAUGUAUUCUGUAGGAUCCACACCAGUACGGACUUCACCCUGUGUCAUGCUUCCAUCUUACACCUCACCUUAAUCUCCAUCGAGCGCUACUAUGCUGUCUGUCAGCCCUUUCAGUACAACACCAAGAUCAGCACCUCUACCGUAGUGCCUUUGAUUAUAAUCAGCUGGACUGUUUCUUCCAUUUUUGGGUUUGGGAUGAUUUUUCUGGACCUAAACAUCUGGGGCAUUGAGGACUUGUAUAGAUAUGAUUAUUGUGAGGGAGGGUGUUUUGUGCUGCAGGGGAAAAUGGCAAACUCUCUUUCUUAUGUCCUUGCCUUUUAUAUUCUGGCCCUCGUUAUUCUUGGACUGUAUCUGAAGAUUUUCCAUGUGGCACAGAAGCAAGCCAGCUCCAUUCAGAGCAGAGGUUGUGUGAAUGUCUAUGCUGGUCGUGAGAGCACUUUAAUACGAAAGUUGGAGCAAAAGGCCACAAGGACCCUAGGGAUUGUAGUUGGAGUUUUCCUAUCCUGUUGGAUGCCGUUUUUCCUGUGCAACACAGUAAAUGCACUCUUUGGUCAUGAAACUCCAGUUUUGCUUGAGGUUUUUGGCUGGAUUGGUUACUCAAAUUCUGGAUGGAAUCCAGUUAUUUACGGUUUCUUUUACAAAUGGUUUAGGAAGCCAUUAGUAUGUGCAAUUUUGGAAACUUACAAAUAA